GUGGUGAUGCUUAAACUCAUGUUGUUCGUUCUUAACCUUCUCUUUUUGGUGUUUGGUAUUGAAAUUGUGUGGAUAGGUGCUGCAAUCCAUCUGAACCUAUAUCCACUCUCUUUACUGAUUGGUAAAUCAAUCUCAGAAGUCCCUGCCGUACUCGUUAUUGUUGGUAUUCUAAUAUUUUUCAUGGCACUCUUGGGGAUUGGUUCCAUUUGGAAGGAAAGCAUUACCGUGAUAAAAGUGUUUCUGAUUCUGAUGAUUCUGGUUUUUCUUGUGGAAGUAACUGUUGAAGUGUCUGCAUAUAUCUUCAGGAGCCAGAUGUACAGUAACCUCAGCAAUGAUAUUGAGAAAUCCUUUGAAGACUAUGAUGAGACGUCCACACCAGGAGUGUUAGAUCAGCUGCAGAUCAAGUUUCAUUGUUGUGGUUCUAACAAUUAUACGGACUGGUUUAAGACUGCAUUUGGCCAGGUGACCUGGUCUGUUCCAUCCAGCUGUUGUAUCAAUGUCACAGAGUCUUGUGGCAGAAGUGUUUCCAAUCAGACUUCAAAUAUCCAUUCUGUGGGCUGCACUGAAAUAAUAUCAACAUGGAUUGAACAAUACUUUUCAAUUAUUAGAGGAACCAGUGUCUGCUUUGCAUUUGGACAGGUUAUUGGGGUUUUCAUUUCAAGUUUGUAUAUAAAGAAGCUCCAGGAUAACUAUAUACCGGAUUACUGAAUCAAGAUCAUUGGUACUGAACUAUCUGGAUUUCUUUGUUCUUUUUCCAAGUCCAAACCCAUACAUCAGUAACGUUGUGGUGCUCCAGGGCUGAGUCUGAGCAUUUAGAAUUAUCUGCUUGUCAAAAUUUCAGAUAUUGCACUAAAUGUGAAGCAUAUAUGUUCUAAGAUUAUUUAAGUUGGUACUAAUAUUGUAAUGUAUAGUUUGUUUGCAACUUGUAUAAAUCAAUAAUGAC